AUGGCAAUCAUUUGCGAGAUGCACACUCGCCAGCUGUUCAAAAGCGACUUCGAAGCCAAUGCUGAGACCGCGUAUCGCCAACAUUAUGAUCGCAUUAGGGAACUGUUGAACGAUCAAGGACGCUCAUAUCUGGAGUGGUCCGUAGAGGAUGGCUGGCCGCCGCUUUGCGAGUUCCUAAACAAGCCAGUGCCUCAUGGCGACUUUCCCAGAGGCAACGAGGCAGCAGAAUUUGAAUCAAAAGCGCUUGACGUUGAUCCGGCACGAUUCGAAAGUGGUCGUCGCAAGGCACUGUCGCUGGGUAUAGUCCUCACGGUGCUCGUGGGUGUUGUUGUCGCUUUGUUUUAG